UCGUCCAGGGCGCACGGCACACACGCAGAGCUGCCAGGAGGAGACAGCCAUAGCUUCUGGGGGCCCACCAUCCAUAACCCCGAUCCAAGUCCGGUCCCGCAGACGACCCGCUGAACCAUCCAUCCGCCUCAUAUAAUUUCCGGCGCUUUGAUUGGGGCACGCACGCACAUGGUGGAGGAGAUUGGCUGCCAGAGACAGACGGGCAUUGUGGUCGCCAUGCCCAGCCAGGUGGCAACGAGCACCGGAACUCCAGCCCCAUCCGCAGGCGGCAUUCACCAGCAGCAGCAACAUCAGCAGCCACAGCAACAUCAGCAGCAACAGCAACAUCAGCAGCAACAGCAACUCCACCAGCAGCAGCAACACCAUCAGCAGCAACAGCAACACCAUCAGCAGCAACAGCAACAUCAUCAGCAGCACCAGCAGCAGCAACACCAGCAGCACCAGCAACACCAACAACUCACCAGCAACAUGAGCCUGCUGACCGUGAAGGGCGGUCGCUACCUUUGGACCGAUCGGGAGCUGCUGAUGCACCUCCAGAACUACACUCCAUUGAUCCUCCUCAUCGAUUUUGUGGAGAAGACACGCACCAAGCGAUUCUACGAAAGCUCCGAGCGCUACGAGAUCCUCAUGCUGGUCUUCAUCAUGCGCAAGGGGGCGCCAUUCUGUGAGAACAAGCGCUUUCCGGCGGAAUACUGGGUUAAUCUGUCGGUGGGACCAAUUGCCGAGGCUUUUGACCGACUGCAGGCGGCCAUUGAUAUUCCGGAUCCCCAGCUGCCCAUCCACAUGAGCGUCACGGAUUUGACCAGCUGGAAGCAGAUGUUCGAUCUGGCCAUGCUGGAUAUCAGGCGAUUUGCGUACUACACCGAUCCCUUGCAGUUGGCCGAUGCGGGUGUCUUCAACCGGAUCACCUUCGAGCAGCGAUUCGGAAUGCAGUGGCAGGAGUAGUUUUAAUCGAUACAGGUUACAGGAUAUAUGUCACGGAAAACAGGAUAUAAACACCCCCCAGCACCAACACACUUACCCACAUCUGGAUGGAUCGCGAGGAAUGACUGGUGGUUACACUGGGAACUAUCCUUAGAUCAUUGCACUUUUAACAUGCCUGAUAUUUGAUUAUAAUUUAUAAAACAAAUAAGUUUAUAGUUAUCGUGUCAAAGUACAACAUUCUUUGUCGUAAAUAUUUAUUACAGACUUUUUUUUACGUUCCGCUUCAAAUGAGAACCUUUAAAUCGUCUAAAAAGUCAUAGGUCAUGCGAAGAAUCAAUCUAUUUUAAGAUAUUCGAACACUAAAUAUGAUUCUGUUUGAAAACCAAAGUCCAUUCAUGAUAUUAUAGGUAAUGCCAAGUUAAAUAGACUAAACCUUUUCUAAAAGCAUUUAAUAAAAUAAGGAAUAUCAGGCAUAGACUGCUAAAAUAGUUCCCAGGAAAUAUAAUAAUUUGAAACCGAACCAUAAACGAUCCAUCGAAUCCCACAUAGACAGAGUUAUUUGUUGCGUUUAAAUCCCUGCAUAGCGGACUCUACUGUGCCUUCACCACCACUCCCAGUCCUUCUUUUCCACCACCACAGUUCCACUCGCAUUCCUCGCAACUCCUUCAACUUCAACUUGAUCUAUCCUCAGACUCCUCAAAUGUAUCUGUAAUACAAUCACUGUACUGUCGACGUAGGACCCAAAAUGCUUUAAUGGAAAUAAACGUUAGUUACUGUUCAA